GGGGGAGUUUCUGCUGCUGAACUUUGAGGGCAGAUUUCUAGGGUGGGUCUAGUUCCAUCCCUCCCCGAGGCAACCCCGCAUCUGGGAGAAUCUGACCGCCUGAGAUUUCUGGGGGUUCCAGGAACAUGGAGGGCGGGAUGGAGGAGAUGACGGACUGAUGGUGUUGAGGCCCCGACCGGAGGAGAAAUCGCUGGUCUCGGUUGAUCUCCGGCUCCGGAGGAGUGAAUGGGUGCUUUUCCCGGUCUUGCUUGCCCAGGAAGCGGUGGUCCCUAUGAGCUGGUCUCCCCGCACAGACCUGGACAUUGCAUGUGUUAUUUGUUGUGUUAUGUGCUGAUUGAGGCAUGAGUUUGCCUCCGGGUUCCUUAUGGGGUUCUAGAAGUUAAGGCUUUGGUGAGUCGUCCUCCCACCUAGCGCUUGCCCACGUUUCCGUGCAGUUAGUUGCCAUUCGUUGUCAGUAUUUUGCCAGGCUCUGCUUCUGUAGGUGGCAUGGCAUAGGCCUGCUGGGAACAGGACUUCUAAAAAAACAAGUAUGUCUGGAAGGCUGUGGUGCAAGGCCAUUUUUGCUGGCUACAAGCGAGGCCUCCGGAACCAAAGAGAGCACACGGCUCUUCUUAAAAUUGAAGGUGUUUAUGCCCGAGAUGAAACUGAGUUCUACUUAGGCAAGAGGUGUGCUUAUGUGUACAAAGCAAAAAAGGUGCCAGAUUCCUUGGAACCAGAUAUUUUGGUGAGGUGUGGGCUGUGUGUUUUAAGCAAUACAGUGACUCCUGGAGGCAAACCAAACAAAACCAGAGUGAUCUGGGGAAAAGUAACUCGGGCCCAUGGAAACAGUGGCAUGGUUCGUGCCAAAUUCCGAAGCAACCUUCCUGCAAAGGCCAUUGGACACAGAAUCCGUGUGGUAAGUACUAGUUGCAAAAUAAAUGGCUCUUUUGAUCCUUCCUUCCGUCCUCUAAAAACUUGUGAGUGUACAAGUCCUGAGUAUAAAACCAUUCCAUAAUUGGUGACUUACGUGAAAAAUACAGAACCCCCUGACCGGGCAGGGUAAAGCAAGUGAGGGAGUGCGGGCAGUGUGCAAAUGAAUGACACUUAAGUUUCAGUUGUCAUUAAAGCAUCCUGAGAGCAUGAAUACUUGGACAGGAUUUAUGUGUGCCUUUGAGACAGUCUCACUGUGUAGCCCUGGUUGACCUGGAACUUGUUAUGUACACAAGGCUGAUAUUUUAAUUUGAGGCAGGUUCUCACAAAGUUGUUAAGGCUGGCCUAGAACUUGAAAGUCCUCCUGCCUUAGCCUUCUAAAUCGUUGGGAUUUCAGGCCAGUGCUACCAGGCCCAUCUUAUGCUAUACCUGUUGGGGAGUUCUGAGGAAUGUUAUGUUUUGUUCGUGUCUACCAUCUCAGUACUGCCAGAGUAGAUAGAGACUUUAUCCUGUACUUAGAAAGCAUGCUCAUGCCAGGUUUCAGGACUCUGGCUCAUGUCUUGGACAUACUGUGUUGAGAUUUUUGUUUGGGUCCAUUUAUAGUAUACUCUAAUGGUGGGAAUGUUGGAUCAGUGCCACCGUACCUGACUUGCAUUUUAAUUUUAGGGCUGUUAUUUUACAUUUACGUGUAUGUUUGUAAACACACAUGGCACAGCAGUCUAUGAAGGUCAAAGGGCAGUUUGUAGGGGUCAGCUCAUCCACUAUAGCAUUUGCAGGAAGUCAGGCGUGGUGGCUGGUGCCUGUGUCCACUCAGCCCUUUCACCAUCCCUUGAGUUGUGUUUUGGUCUGAGUACUGAUUUGGGGCCUGGGGUUGAUAGGUCAGUUAGGUGGCCUGACUAGUUAGCAUUCAAAAUCCUUGGGCUUAGGUACUGGGAGGGGGGCGGAAUGGUGAGUUCUUGGGACUGAGGAGGUGGUUCCGUUGGUGAAAUGCUUGCUGCACGAGAAUAAGAUCUAUGUUUUUUCCCCAGCAGUCACAUAAAAAAUUUAGGCACAGUAGUGUCGGUGUCUGUAAUCCUAGCCCUGGGGAAACGGGAGAACCUGGUGCUGUGGGACAGUGAGCUCUGGGUUCAUUCAGAGAGAAACCUUUCCAUCUCAAAAUGAAAUGAUCAGCUGCUGAGAAUGUACGUGCUGCACACUGAUGAACAUGUACAAAACGAGUGUUGAGUCAAGGCCAAAUGCUGGGCAAAUGCUUCCUGUCAGGAUAAAAUCACCGGGUGCAUUUUAGGAUGAGGGAUGUGGUAAUGGAAUAUUUAUCAUUCACCUAAUGUUACUAUGUUUUUCUUUUUCCCCAGAUGCUGUACCCAUCCCGGAUUUAAACUAAUGGAGAGUAAAUAAAUAAAAGUAGAUUUGUGCUCUUGUAUUUUUUUCA